AUGGCCGGGAAAUAUCUGCAAGCCGCCAAUCAAUUCAUUAAAAUGUGCGCGGCGAGUUCGAGAUUCGAUAAAGCGUGCGGAGCUGGAAAUUGCCGCCCGGUGAUCGCAGAAGAAGGCCGUUUGAAAGUUGAAUUCGAAGUACAAAAGGAAAUGACAAAUCCACUAGGCACCCUGCAUGGCGGAUGCACCGCCACUCUCAUCGAUGUAUACACCACUGGUGCUUUGUUACUCACUGAACGAGCGCAACCUGGUGUCACUGUCGAUCUACAUGUAUCCUACCUUGCUGCGGCUAAAAUUGGCGAGACUGUAGUUUUGGAUUCUACAGUAACCAAGCAAGGAAAUCGUUUGGCUUUUACCAAGGCAGAAUUGUACCGCAAGCAUGACAACGUCCUUAUCGCGACCGGCCUUCACACCAAAGCGUUUCCGAAGACAAAAUAA